GACGGCUUUGGCCCCCCUACCUCGGGCGCGAGCGGCGGCUUAGGCGGAGCUCCUCGAAGGGGCUGCGGAGGCGCACGACAACUCGCAGCGCACCGCCGCCUGAUGGACACCCUGCUGCGCAAGUUUAACCUAAACGUGGACACGCGCGAGCGCGACAUCGAGCGCGCUGGCUUUGUCGGCGCUCAGCAGCAGGCGCUCGACGUAAACCAAGAGCAUGCGCUGAUGGAGAUCCGAUUCCAGCACAUGACCGUGCGGACAGAGUGGCUGAACAACCUCAACACGCAGGCGGCUUUCAUCGCUGGCAUCUCAAUCGCAUGGCUCGGCGGUGAUGUUCUUGCCGAGGUGUCGGAUGAAGUCGUUUUCGCUAACAGCGACGGCACGCCCAUUUUCCUGGACAAACUCCUCAAGCUGACCUACCUGCUCUUCGCGACCCUCUCGGGCGGCGCCGGUCUAUGGGUCGUGAUCUAUUCGAAUCGGCUGAUCAUCCUCGCCAACCAGGCGGCCCUCACCGGCGCGUCGAUGAGGGACGUGCGCGCCUCGGACGAGAUUGUGCAGCGCAACGUGCGCAAGGUCGACGAGAUGUUUGUUAUCUGCCUCGGCUCCCUCGUGGGCGCCAUCUGCUGCGUGGCGUGGUUGCGCGAGCCCGGCUCGGCGGCCCUCGUCAUCACCGUCACCUUCACGUUGCUCGUCGUCCAUGCCAUCGUCAACACGAUCGCCCUCCGCGACGAGUUCCACGCAAAGACGAACGGCGCGUGGAGGGCCCUCCGCGUGGAGAAAGAGUCGCAGGACCCGUGCGAGUGCCUCUACCGCCUCAGCGGCGGCGCUCUUAAGGCGGAGGCGCCGCGCGAGGUGCAAGGGGCCAGCAAGCCGCUCCACCUCGAGGUGAGCGCGCUCACCGCCUCGCGGGCCGCCGUGGAGAAGCUGCGCGCCGACCGGGCGGGGAGCGCAGCGCUGCCGCUCACGCAGCGGUGGUGGUUCGUCCUGCACUGCGAGGGCACGCACGGCCGGCUGUACGCCUUUGGGUCUCAAGACAAUUACGUGCUGCGCGAGCCGCCCAUCCUCGAGGCGGACGUGACGCAGUUCCGCCUGCUGCCGCGGGCGGGGGCGCCGGCGCGCCGCCCAAGGCCGCCGGCGGCGGGAGGAUCCCCGGGCCCACUGGGGCGGGCCGUCACGUUCCUCGACCCGCCGCCGAAAGCCGCCGGCGACGGGCGGCUCAUCUUGUGGCCAAAGGACGAGGAGGAGUGCGCGCCGCUCUGCCUGCUCAUCGAGGACAGAGAGGUGGCGGACGUGUGGUACAAGGUGCUCACCGCCUUCAUCUGCUCGGUCGACCAGAACGACCGCUUCACCCGCUACCUCCCGACCAGCCAGCGCCAGCGAUCGCGAUGAGUGAGGCCCACUCGCCAUGGAUACGCCCCAGGGCGACCCAGUGCUAGGAAUCCGUCGAGGAAUCCCAAGGCUGCUAGAGGAAUGGUUGUUUGGCGAUCGUCGAGAUUGGCCGCACUGCUGCUAGGCUGCACAGAGAUGCUCCGAGGCCUCUGCUGCUGCCCGCGCCCCCGACAGGCCUGAAAUUUUCCGCCUUUGUGUGCGGAGGUAGGGAUGGGAGAACGGGCCUCUUGACUAAACACUAACAGA